AUACCCCUAUAAAUUGAGAGAGAUACAAAACAAUUUCAACUGCGCCUUUUAGAAAACAACAUAACUUGAAUUUUAAUAUAAUUUCAACAAUUUCAUUAAGAAAAUUCCAUAAUUUUGGGAAUAAAAAUAAGCAAAAAUAAUAGAAUUCGAUCUUGGAAAAAUCUUCUGCAAAGCAGCCAACAUAACGUACCCAUUGUUUUGCCUUUAUUUUGUGACAAUCGAAUAAUUAGAAUCAUUCAAGUCCCAAAACAAAAGCUUUUGUUCCAAAAUAGUUGCUUUCGAUGAUGAGUCUACUUUUUAGACCAGACAUGGAUGCUGGUGAGGUCUUUGUUAAUUUCAAUCAAAAUAUAACUUCUCUAGCGGUUGGCACUAAGUCUGGAUAUAGUCUAUAUAGUCUUGGUUCUGUUGAUAAUACUCUGGAUAAAAUUUACACUUGCCCAACAGAAGAAAUUUUUCUCAUUGAACGACUUUUUGAAAGUUCGUUGGUGGCUAUUGUUUCUCAACGAACUCCAAGAAAACUCAAGGUCUGCCAUUUCAAAAAACAAAGUGAAAUAUGUAACUAUUCGUAUUCAAAUUCCAUAUUGGCUGUUAAACUUAAUCGGGCCCGUUUAAUUGUUUGCCUCGAAGAAAGUCUUUACAUACACAAUAUACAGGAUAUGAAAGUCGUGCAUACCAUUCGUGAUACUCCAUGUAAUUCAACGGGCCUAUGUGCUUUAAGCUCUUCUUCGGAUCACUGCUAUCUUGCCUAUCCGGGCAGUGUAACUUCGGGCGAAGUGCAGAUUUUUGAUGCCAUUAACUUGCAUGCGAAAACAAUGAUACCAGCCCAUGACAGUCCAUUGGCGGCAUUGGCUUUUAGUCCUUCGGGAACAGAAAUUGCUACGGCAAGUGAACGCGGUACGGUUAUACGAGUGUUUUCGUCGUUAGAUGGAACAAAGUUAUUUGAAUUAAGACGAGGCCUUAAACGUUGCGUUUCGAUUGCAUCGCUAUCGUUUAGUACAUGUGCUGAAUAUCUAGUUUCCAGUUCAAAUACUGAAACAAUACACAUCUUUCGAUUGGAUCGUAGUUCCGCGGACAGUAAUGAUACUAAACAAGCUUCAGAUGAUUGGAUGGGUUACUCGUUUUUUAGAUUCCUCAGCAAAACUGUUUCCAACUAUUUGCCAACACAAGUGACGGACGUCUUUAGCCAAGGUCGUGCAUUUGCUUCUGUGACUUUACCCGAAGCGGGUAUAAGGCGUAUGUGUGCCAUAGCAAAAAUACAAAAACAGUUGAGGCUUUUGAUUGCUUCCCAGGAUGGAUAUUUGUAUGUAUAUUCCAUCCCUUCGGUUGAAGGUGCUGAAUGUCAGUUGAUAAAAAAACAUGAUCUAAGACUUGAUGAUUGCUACGCCAUUGACGUCCGUGUUUCACCUUCCAUAGGUGUUUCAGCGGCGACUACAGCAGCAGGUGCUGCAGCAGCAAAUGCUUCGCCAAGUUCAUCAACUGGUGCUUCUUCCAACAAAGAGGAAGCUGCUGGAAAGUCAUCACCUUCAUCAACGGCCAAAACUGAGGGUCCUUCUAGUAAUUCUUCAAAUUAAAUCUCAAAAUUUUUAUUUAAUUUUAUUGGAAAACAAAAAAAAAAAAGAGUAAUGUACAUCAUCCUUCUCCAGGAAUAUUCAAUACUUUGAACGGUGACAAACAUAUGUAGAAACACAACAGCGGCCCCGAUAAACUAUAAGUUAUAUUCUAUUCGUUUACAUAUGCUGUCAACAUUUGUGUUCCAUAUUUAUGCGUUUAAUUCUUUACUUUCGUUAUUAUAAUAUGUUUGUCGGUGUAAUGAUGCCUUUAUGAAAUUUAUUUCUUUUUUACUUUUGACAUUUUUGAUCAAAUCAUGCAAGAGUGUUUUUGUAAUACAAACAAAACAUCAUUUUCUUUAAGACUUUUAUGUUAUAAAUAGGUUUCUUAAUUGCAAUAAAGUAAUAUAAAAAGCUUGACAAAUUA